AGUAGUAUAUUUGAUUCUUAAUAUCCCAAACUCCGAUUUUUAAUGUAGCUAUUUUGUAACCGAUCCUUAACACACAUUUAAAGACACGUGUCAGCACCUAAACUAAUGUGAUGAAGUAGCAUCUCUCCACCGAUGCCGGUAAAGAGCUCACGGAGAAGAUCGGUCUCGUUUAUCAGAUCAACGUAGCUCCCAAGAAAUUAGGGUUUGAAGAAGUUACCUGCUUCGUGGAUCUGAAGAAAGGGGAAGUCACCAAAGGUUAGCAAUUGGGUAUUCGAAUAAGAGAAAUUAAGACAUGAUUAUCGUAAUUGGAUCCUCUUCAAAUCAAAGUGGAUGCUACUUUCUCCUUCAAAGAUGAUGACUUUGUCAAAGUUGCUACUGGCAAGAUGAAUCCUAAAAUUGCUUUCAUUAGUGGUGCGAUGAAGAUAAAGGGUAGUCUCAGUGCUGCGCAGAAGUUCACCCCUGACAUUUUCCCAAAGCCUUCGAAGUUGUGAACACAGUGUAAGAAUGGUGCUGCAAGCCUCCCUUGAACUCACCAUCUGAUACUUAUCUCCUACCAAACAACCUGCAGUAACUUAUCCAACCGUAGGUUUAACUCAAGUCUAAUACAAACUGUCCGAGCUUCGUUUUUUCUCUGAGAAGGCUUCUGACUCGGAGGGUGUUGCAGAGCAGGAUUGUGAUAUGUUCUGAUUCGUUUGCAGCUGGAAAUUCACAGUCUGAUGGUGAUGAAGCCACUGCUGGAUUGGUGAUCAAGCCACUGCUGCUCUAGUACGAGCACUAUAAGGUGGAAAAGACAAUACGUAUUCUAAAUCAUUCUUGUUCUUAUCCUUACAAGACUAAGUAAUGGGGAACCUUUUGUGCUGCGUGCUGGUGAAGCAAUCAGAUGUGGCGAUCAAGGAGAGAUUUGGCAAGUUUGAAAAAGUUCUUAAUCCAGGUCUCCAGUUUGUGCCCUGGGUCAUAGGUGAUUAUGUUGCCGGUCACCUCACCCUCCGUCUCCAGCAACUCGAUGUUCAAUGCGAAACAAAGACAAAGGACAAUGUGUUUGUGACAGUUGUUGCAUCCAUACAAUACAGAGUCUUGGUUGACAAGGCAAGCGAUGCUUUCUACAGACUUAGCAAUCCAACAUCACAAAUCAAAGCCUAUGUCUUCGAUGUGAUCAGAGCAUGUGUACCAAAGCUGAACUUGGACGAUGUGUUCGAGCAGAAGAAUGAAAUAGCAAAAUCAGUGGAAGAAGAGCUAGACAAAGCCAUGACUGCUUAUGGUUAUGAGAUCCUUCAAACCCUUAUCAUCGACAUCGAGCCUGACCAACAGGUUAAACGCGCCAUGAACGAAAUCAACGCCGCGGCGAGGAUGAGAGUGGCGGCGAACGAGAAAGCAGAGGCGGAGAAAAUCAUUCAGAUAAAGAGAGCAGAAGGUGAAGCUGAGUCCAAGUACCUAUCUGGUCUCGGUAUCGCUCGUCAGAGACAAGCUAUCGUGGACGGUCUCAGAGACAGUGUUCUUGGUUUCGCCGGAAACGUGCCGGGGACGUCAGCUAAGGAUGUGUUAGACAUGGUGAUGAUGACCCAGUACUUUGACACCAUGAGAGACAUCGGAGCUCACUCCAAAUCUUCGUCGGUGUUUAUUCCUCACGGUCCCGGCGCCGUCGCUGACGUGGCAACACAGAUUCGAAAUGGAUUACUGCAGGCCCACCAGACCAAUGCCUAAAGGGCUCAGUCAACUAUCUAAAAGUCGUCUUCCCCAGUAAAUUAUAAUGGUAUAUAUAUAUAUAUAUAUUUUUUUUUUCUUUUUUAUCGUGAUUGUGGUUUUAUAUUUUCUUUUGCCAGAUUUAAUAAUUGUGUCUGUCUCUGUGAUUUUGUAAAUAUAUUGCCAAUUAAGUUUGUAUAAAAAUUAAAAAUGUAAGUAUAACUCUUAUCUCUCACUGUAUUUGGUUGUCAAUCGAAAUAAUAUACGUGUGUUAUGGCCCAA